CACGUGGAGAGAUGGACUGUGGAGGGACGCCCCAUGUAGUCUACAGCUUCCUUUUGUCUGCGUGCGUUCGCUAGAUUACGAUGACUCCGUGGAGGAAGAAGUGUUCUGUCCGGAUCCGGGUCGCCUCGAGAACGGCGGCGUCAGUCCGGAUUUCCGCAACCGGGAUUACGUUCCCGGCGCGAGGCUGUACUUCUCCUGUGACGAGGUUUACUACCUGAAGGGAGCGGGGGAGACAACGUGCGGGGCGAACGGAGAGUGGAUGGACGAGAAACCAGAAUGCGUGAGAGUGAAGGUGUGCAGUCACCCUGGCAACCCGGGUCAUGGCAUCGUCAGCAUCAGACUGAUGUCCAAGCCGACGGUGGUGACUAUGCGACCACAGAGAGGGCGCUACGAGCAACUCAUAUCUCCGUCGAGCAGCAGGAGCGGCAGACCUCCGCUAGCGCUCAUGGAUGCUGAGAGCAAUGCUUACGGCCGCACGUCCGCCGACUGGACGGCCAUGUCUGCGGAGAGUCACUCACAGCAGCAGGGAGAGUGGGAUGCUCACAUACCUGACGGCUACUACAGAGCGAACACACGCAUGCACUUCGCCUGUGUCUCCGGGUUUUACAAGUUGGUUGGCUCGGAGACGAGGACGUGUCUGAGUUCUGGUCAGUGGACGGGGAUCCAGCCAACGUGCCUCCCAGUUUGUGGAAAAUCGUCAGCCCCGCGGACGCCUUACAUUGUCAACGGCAUUACGACUAAGAAGGGCGAAUGGCCGUGGCAAGCCGGCAUCUCACGCUAUCACAAAUUCAAAUGGCAGCUGGACUGCGGUGGCGCCCUCCUCAGUGAGAAUCUGGUAGUAACGGCCGCGCACUGCGUUACCAUGUACCCGCUCAACGUACCGCUCCCACAGACGCACAUCCGGGUCUCUCUCGGCAAGUUCUACCGCAACGACAGCCACGACGACGACGAAGUCCAGAGAUUCGCCGUGGAGGAGAUACGCGUGCACAGGGAAUACAACCCUGCCAACUUCAACGCUGACAUCGCACUGCUGAGAUUGAAGCGACCAGCGAGGCUGACGUAUGCAGUGCAGCCCGUCUGCCUGCCUACUAACCACUCACUAAGCACCACUCACCUGUCCCAGGUGCCGGUGACGGACUACAUGUUUUGUGCCGGCUACGGCACGGAGAUGUCCGACUCGUGUAACGGCGACAGUGGCGGCCCCAUGGUGUUCAGCGUUGGCUCAGGUGCCUCCCAUCACUGGGUGCUGGAGGGGAUCGUUAGCUGGGGAAGCCCCAAGGGCUGCGCGAUACCCUCUCACUACGGCGGAUACACGCGCGUCGAGAGAUUCGUCGACUGGAUCGCAGAGUACCUGUAGGGGGCGCUGCGGUAUGAGCUCUCCCCCGCGUCCGCCCGCUGCGGGGCGGAGUCGAGAGUGAGGAGCUGCUGUGACGGUGGCGCCAUCGUGCAGGCGCAGACUGCACCGGACGACGCAGCGGUUCUUGUUCGAUCGUGCGAUAGGCGUGUCGAUACGUGUCUUCAUGUCGACGUGGUUGAGGCGGCGCCUGGUUGUAGACUAGACAGAACGCUGGAACAGUGGCUCUACUAUUGCACCAGCGACGGCGGGCGCAGUCUAGCUGUUACCAUAGAGAUGCUCAAAGACAGACACUGACGCCGAACAGUGCGGACGUGUUAGAACUACGUGGCCGCUCUAAUAUAGACAGUGGCGCCAUCAUGUGGGGCGCAGAAGAGUUAAGCACGUCAUGAUAACUCCAUCGGCGAUCAAUCGUCAAUCCAGCGAAAAGUGCCGACCGGUGAACUAAGCCAACGGCCGAGAAGAAAGGCUGGACAGCUAGUGUUUGUGUGUAUGUGUGUACGUGUGCGUGUGUGUGAGGUCCCACUCAGAAUCACUGACCCCUCCCACUGCCUCGACACAUUACACUUAAUAAGAAGCUUGUCGUAAUCUCAUAGCGUGUGUAACCUAGUCUAUCCAGCAUUACCAGCUAAUAGAUCCAGCUCACGCUACCCUUAUUGAUGGCCUGCUUGCGCGAAGAAUUGUGGAGAAGGGACGAUGCAACAUGCCACCUCCCUAUCUUAGUGUAUACGUUCUGUUGAUAUGGAGGGAAAUGCUGGAAUGUGUGUCUACUUAUGACACACACUACUAGUGUGUGUCAUCAAUAAUGUUCCGAUAAACUUUACGUGUAAAUCAAUGCCGGUGAUGAAAUAUAGAGAACACAGGAUUUGCAAUGCUAA